UUUCGUUUUCGAAUCCAAGACAACAGCGGGGAUGGAGACCUCGAUUGGGACCGCCCUGCGCCUGCUCCUGCUCCUGCUCCUACUUUUUGGCCUGGGGGAUGCCCGGCUGCUGGAGGGCCGGCCGAGGUGGCACUCGCUGCGCUAUUUCUACACCGGAGUGACCCGGCCCGGCCCCGGGGUGUCCGAGUUCACGGCCGUGGGCUACGUGGACGACGUGCCGUUCGUCGGGUUCGACGGCGGGAAGUACGAGCCGCGCACCGCCUGGAUCCGGGACCACGAGGGGCCGGAAUACUGGGACCGGGAGACGUGGAACGCGAGGGUCUGGGCGCAGACUUUCCGCGGGAUCCUGCGGACCCUCCAGGGCUACCACGACCAGGGCGAGGACGGGUCCCACUCGCUUCAGCUGACGUACGGCUGCCGGCUGCGGGAGGACAACACCACCGGCGACGGGUAUUGGAGAUACGGCUACGACGGGCAGGACUACCUCACGCUGGACAAGGCCACGUCGACCUGGAAGGCGGGGGGCGUCGGGACCCUCGACGCCAGGCCCAAGUGGGAGGCCGGCGGGACCAAGGCCGAGCGACACGAGGCCUAUUUGGAGGACGAGUGCGUCCACGCGCUCCGGAGAUACCUGCGGAUCGGCGGGCCCAGCCUCACCCGCGCAGAUCCCCCCACGGUGCAGGUGCUCCGUCACCACGGCCCCGACGGGGACGACGUCACCCUGCGGUGCCGGGCCCUCGGCUUCUACCCGGCGCACAUCAGGAUGAGAUGGCUGCGGGAUGGGAAGGACCUGAUCUGGGACACGGAGGACGGGGACACGCGGCCCGGCGGGGACGGAACCUUCCAGAAAUGGGUGUCACUCAGAGUGCCACAGGGAGAGGAGCAGAAAUACGUCUGCAUCGUGGACCACGACGGUCUGGCCCAGCCCCUCGCCGUGCGCUGGGCUCCAGACCCGUCCUCAUCCAUCGGGCUCAUCGUUGGGGCUGUGGUUGCCCUCGUCAUCAUCACCUCACUCGUGGCUGGGUUUGUCAUCUGGAAGAAGAAGAAAUCAGGUACAAAAGGAGGGAAUUACACCCCCUGCAAGCUCUGACUCCUCCAUUCCCAUGAAAGCCUCAGCCUGAGGGAGCUGCCAGCGUGGGACAGAGGAGUCCGACUGCCCCCGCCCUUCCUGCUGACCGCGUUUUUCACCCUCCCAACCUAAAGACCUGGACACCCCGUCAACUCUCCUCACCCAUGUCCAGGCACCCCCUGCUCCUCCCCAAGCCGUAGUGCCCCUGGACUAAGUUUCUAAAAGAGGCCGUCCAUUCUCCCCAUCGCCCAGCUGUCCCCUUUCCCCAUGCUCCCUUCCUACACUGCUUUAGCACCUAGUGCAGCGCCUGGAAGGUGGAACGCGCUUAACAGAUGCCAUUAUUAUUAUUAUUCCCACCCCUUCCCUCCCUCCCCCGACCCUUGAUUGCACUGAAUCGUUAGGAUGGUUUCCCGGCUACUUGCAUUCUGCGCAUUAGCUUUUCCCCGAUCCCAGAUUCAUUCAUUCAGUCAAUCGUAUUUGUUGAGCACUUACUGUGUGCAGAGCACUGUACUGAGUGCUUGGGAAGUACAAAGAUAACAAGGAAUCUGAUCCAUCCCGCUCCCCGGACUGACCCCUGUGUCUAGGGAGAUUACUGGCCUGCUUGGAGAGGUUUUGCUCCCGCAUAAACGCAGCUCUGACCCCACUUUUUCAAGGUCAGCUUCUUCUGAAUCGAUUUAUCUGUCCAGCUUGUGAGCCAGGAGCUGUGAUUUUUCAUCUUCUAUUCAUUCGUCCACUCAGUUGUAUUUAUUGAGCGCUUACUGUGUGCAGAGCACUGUACUAAGCGCUUGGAAAGUACAAGUUGGCCAUCACAGCAAAUAAAGUGGAUUGAUAUAACUCC